AUGAGUAUGCAAUUUCUUUACGAAGAUGGAAAAGGACAUGUUGUUGAUGAGCAUGGAGUUGAGCCGAUGGAUCUCGUUGUUGACAAGGAGCUAUUCGCUAUCGAAACAAUAAGCUCUCGUACUCAAUUCCUAAUGAAUCAACCUCCAGAAAGAUAUUCUAAUCCUGUAAUGCAUCCAGUUUCAGACGAUAGGAACAAUGAUGUUGAUAUGGAAUUAUUCAACAAGCGACGCUAUACAGUUUACUCUGAUGAUGAGAAAAUGAGAUUUUUUCACCUAUUUUUUAGCAAGUGCUUAAGUGCUUCUGCUGCCGCGAGACAAUUAGGUAUUCAUAUUCGUGCAGCUCAGAGAUGGGUCAAACGUUAUUAUGAAGAUCCUGAGAGUAUUUUCGAAAAAAAGAAAAAGUCAGGUCGACGUCGUAUUCUUGGGGAGGAGCAUAAACAAUUUAUCUUAAGGUGCAUUGAUGAGAAUCCUUCUGCUGUUUUAACUGAAGUGAUCUUAAUGUUUCUCGUAGUACUGUUUAUAACUUCAUGA